AGCUGUCAGUCAGUCAGUUUUUUUCCCGGAACUCUUGUGAAGCCAUGGCUGGAAAUUUUUGGCAAAGUUCCCACAAUCAACAAUGGAUCCUGGACAAGCAGGAUCUUAUUCGGGAGAGACAAUACGAUCUGCAGAUCCUUACGGAUGAUGAGUACCAGAAGAUUUUUAUCUUUUUCUCAAAUCUCAUCCAAAUUCUCGGGGAAACGCUGAAAAUCCGUCAGCAGGUCAUUGCCACGGCGACUGUUUACUUCAAGAGAUUCUACGCACGGAAUUCCCUGAAAUGCAUCGAUCCGCUCCUCCUGGCACCAACAUGCAUCUUCCUGGCAUCCAAAGUGGAGGAAUUUGGUGUUAUUUCCAACUCCAGGCUCAUCUCCACCUGCCAAACGGUAGUGAAGAAUAAAUUCAGCUUUGCAUACCACCAGGAAUUUCCCUAUCGGACGAAUCACAUCCUCGAGUGUGAAUUCUACUUGUUGGAAAAUCUCGACUGCUGCCUGAUUGUGUAUCAACCCUAUCGGCCACUUCUGCAGCUCAUUCAGGACAUUGGGCAGGAGGAGCAACUGCUUACGCUCACUUGGCGUAUCAUCAAUGACUCCCUCCGAACGGAUGUCAGUCUUCUCUAUCCACCGUAUCAGAUCGCAAUAGGAUGCCUUCAGAUUGCCUGUGUGAUCCUGCAGAAAGAGUUGAAAGUGUGGUUUGCUGAGCUGAAUGUGGACAUGGAUAAAGUGCAGGAAAUUGCGCGGAUCAUUGUGAAUCUCUUUGAGCUGUGGAAGAGCUACGAUGAGAAAAAGGAAAUACAGGAAUUGCUGAAUAAGAUGCCCAAACCAAAGCCUCCACCGCAGCGAUAAAUAAAUAUACAACUUAAGUAUUAAUCUGAUCAUUUUUUUUAUUUUGUACCGUCUCUAAAUACAAUAACAUGUAAUUAGAAUUAAAUAAAUUAGAGGAAUUUACUCGAA